UCGGAGCGCUUAUGGGGGCACCGGAAUCCGGCACAGCGUGCGGGUCCGGGGCGGUGGCGGCACCUGGUGAGUCCUGCCCGGUCUCCGGUGGGCGGAGCGGGCCUGCCUUCCUCUGGAAUAUACAUCUAUUCUCCGCUACCUUCGCCCACCGUCAGGGGAGUUUGGCUGCGUGGAGCCGCCUUUCUUUCCCGGCGCAGCAGGACCGGGAACUACGGAGUCAAAUCCAAGGCGAGCCGCCCACCUUCUCCUGAGGGGAAGUGAGGUGAGGGCAUUGACAAAACAAGUAUGUUUCCUCUCAUACAACGAUGCUGCUUCAACACACCUUUGAAACUGCAGAAGUUAACUGGUCCCAGUCUGCUGCUCUAUGGGAAGAAUGAGACAACUUGGUCUUCCUUGGCCUCCUGUCUGCGGAGAGAUGCGCAUCCUCUGUCAACAGCUCUGAGCCUCAAACCAGCAUCAGUUUACACAACCAAGCUCCAGACUUUUCACACCUCUCUCCCUGCCUUCAAGAAGAAAACCCCCGCAGAACCUGAGGCAGAAUCUCAAAAAAGCCUGGAAUCACUGAAGGAUUCUCCCAAGCCAGCGCUGUACUUAAGCCUGGGGGGGCUGAUCCCGUUUGUGGCCGUGCCGCUGGCCAUGGCCGUGCAGGGCGCUUUCCACCCCGAGCUGGCCUCUGCUCAGGUUGCCUAUGGUGCUGUAACAGCGUCGUUCCUGGGGGGAAUGAGGUGGGGGUUUGCCCUCCCGGAGAACAGCCCCGCCAAGCCCGACUGGCUGAACCUGGCUAACGGCACCGUUCCUGCCCUGCUCGCCUGCCAAGCCUUGCUGUUCAAGGAUGUCACGCAGGGAGCAGUAAUGGUCAUGCUGGCCUUAGGGAUAGCGCUGCAUUAUGACAUUUCCCUUCUUCCUACUUACCCCAGGUGGUUUAAGGUACUGAGGGUAGUGGGAACAAUGGUGAUGGUAUUAUCCCUGUUGGCUACUGUAGCACUGAAAGCUUUCUUAGAAGGGGAGCAAAGUGAUGACAGAAAAAUACGGCAGAGCACAAAUUAAUAAAUCAAUAAGGAAAAGCUAUUAUCUGCAAUAAGGUAUUUGUAUGGAGUUCCAGGAGAAAUAAAGACUGAUUUGUGCUUAGAACUUGUAUGAUGGCAGGGAUCAAGAUGCUUAUUCUUGAAGCAAAAUGAUUUUCCAAUUGAUUUUGAAGCUACUUCAGGAGGGAAGGAUUGUAAAUAGCAAUCACUUCCAAGGCAAGCAUGAGUCUGUCCUUAUCUGCAGAACGAAGAAUCACUCCUGAAUGAGAUGUUGCUGCUCUAGGAAUUUAGAAUGGAGAUUAAAAAUGACAUGGGUAUGAAUUGCACUGUGCUGAACAAUUAAAGCUUCUGGUUUGACUGUGAUACGUGAUCACAUUCUGAGGUGGGGAAACAACACUAACAAGAUGAAAGCAGUUCUAGUUUGGUGUUUAAAGAAGUAGCAGAGAAUCAUGCAAAAGCACAUUCUACUCAGUUCCUGUGUUGUGGAACAAGACUCUUAUUUCACUCCUCUUUUCAGAGAAGGUGCUCAAAAUCACCGAAUGGUUUGGGUUGGAAGGGGCCUUAAAGAUCAUCUCGUUCCAAUCCUCUGCUCUAUACAGGGACACCUUCCACUAGAUCAGGUUGCUCAAAGCUCCAUCCAGCCUGGACACUUCCAGGGAUGCUGUGUGAGGAAAUGCUCAGUGUGGUGUCAGGUAAGAAAGGACAGGUGACGUUUGUUUGCAGUGGCAAGGCAAGGUCAGCACUCACCUGAAAUGUGUCAUUCAGCUGCGGUGCUGCAGUGGGGAAAAGCUGAAGGGGGAGCUUUGUAUCACUGACAAGGUGCCACAGGAGAUGGAAGAUCAAAUUCCUGCUCAGGCUCACUGAAAUUAUAAAGGCUAUUUGGGCCUGUUCUAGGUUUUGUUUGGAUUUAGGGCUGCCUGGUAAAGGAAGCUGCAUGCAACACAGACAUAAAGAUCUGCCAUACUGCUAAAUUAAAGGACUCGUAACUUAUGCUAUGACACAAGGGCUCAAGUGCUGGCACUAAGGGAUCAGGUAAUGGGACUGAAAGUACCUUUUGUCUUCUCCCUCCUAAGAAUCCAUAUAUUUGGACAGGUACCAAUGGACUUGUAGUCUGCAAACCCUCCAUGAUGAGUCUAUUACUGAAACUACUGCAGAAGCAAAUGCUCUCUUUACUUAAUUCUUCCUAGCACAUCAUUUAGUGGAAGAUACAACCUAAGUCACGUGGAUUUUCUUUUUUGUGUCAGCUACCUCAAGAAACCUAUGAAACGGGACGCGGGCAUAUUUUCUGUAAGCUUUUUAUCAGUAUUUAAGUACAUUUUAAGAUGCAGGAAGAAAGCUGAAAAUGACAUCCACACUUGAUCUUAGGACCAGAUAACCGUCAUAGUUCUGAUAAAGCACUAUUCUUCACUGUUGUACACCAAAUAAAGCACAUACUGCCCCUUAAAAUUUGUUACCUGUUCAUUCUGCAAAGAACAGAUGUUUAAGAAACCUGCCUAUCCUGGAGAUGGAAUCAUCUUGUCUGAUGCUGCUGAAACAGCAGCUCUGUACAUCGGCCUCUACCUUUAGCAAUCCGUUAACAUUUGUAUGUUAAACAACAUAUUAAGCAUUUAUGGAUAUCAAUUGCUCUCUGCUGAACUAUGAAAGUACCCUAUUAAACAACGUAUUUCAGAGCUUUCUGAACCAAAAGGAAAUAAAAUUGAGUUUUUGAAUGAAAA